AAUAGACUAUCUAAAAAAUGAACCCGGGGACCGGUGUUGCCCCAUCCGAGCCGUUGAUGCGGCAAUAGGCAGCCCAUGUUUUCUAAAAAAUGGUGGAGAAGUUGAAGGCGAGCAAGGACGUCUGCGUAACUGCUUUCGAAAGGAUUUUCAUUAUAUGCCGAUUCAGUUUUAUGUUUUUGAAAGAUCAAAAGAACCAUUACAAGACAUGGCAUUCAUGAGGCUGGGUUCCAAAUCCGAAGCAUUUCAUCGUGAAGGCCAAACUUGGCAGUGCACGAGUGGACUCCAAAGUGAUGUGACUGUUGAAAUUGGAGAUAUGGCCUUUCAUCUUCACAAGUUUCCCUUGAUGUCAAGAAGUGGACUACUAGAAAAGCGAAUUGGAGAAUUGUCUAGUGGUGAUGGAUCAGUAUGUGUGUUGCAACUUCAUGACAUACCCGGUGGAGCUAAAUCAUUUGAGCUCAUUGCCAAAUUUUGCUAUGGUGUGAAAAUGGAGCUCACUGCUUUGAAUGUAGUUGUUCUUCGGUGUGCAGCUGAGUACCUUGAAAUGGAUGAACAUUUUGGAGAGGGGAAUCUUAUUGCCCAAACAGAAGGUUUCCUUAACGAAGUUUUUUCCAAUUGGGCGGACACAAUCAAGGCUCUCAAAACCUGUGAAGAAGUUCUACCUUUUGCAGAGGAACACCAUAUUGUCUCCAGAUGCAUCAAUUCCUUGGCAAUGAAAACCUUUUCGGAUACAAACUUACUCAAUUGGCCUGUUUCAGGGUCCAUUAACACGCCGAGCCCUAGAAACACCAUCUUAUGGAAUGGAAUAUCCACUAAAACCAAAACACAAAAUGCCGGUGAUGAUUGGUGGUAUGAGGAUGUGUCCUCUCUUUCAUUACCUCUCUACAAAAGACUUAUUCUAGCCGUUGAAUUAGGAGGCAUGAAGCCAGAAAAAAUUGCUGGGUCCCUCAUUUUUUUCGCCAAAAGGCAUCUUCCUUUGAUGAAUAAGGACACAAACCAUGCUAAUCCAGGGUCCACCAUAUCUGUCCCUCCUGAGGCAGAUCAAAGGACUAUACUUGAAGAGAUUGUGGAGUUACUUCCUAUUCAGAAAGGGGUUACAAACACUCAGUUUCUUCUUAGAUUGCUCCACGCUGCUAUGAUUUUGCAUGCAAGUCCCUCGUGCAGAGAAAGUUUAGAGAAAAGAGUGGGGGCACAGCUAGACCAAGCUUCUUUAGAAGAUGUGUUGAUACCAAAUAUGGGAUACUCAGUGGAGACUCUAUAUGAUAUAGACUGUUUUCAGAGGAUUUUGGAUCAUUUCAUGUUGAUGGAUCAGGCUGCAGCUGCAUCAUCUCCUUGCAUAGUUGAAGAAGGGCAGUCAAUGGAAGGGGACCCGCAUUCACUGACGUCGAUAACAAUGGUCGCCAAUCUGGUGGAUGUUUAUCUUGCUGACGUGGCCCCGGAUGUUAAUUUGAAGUUUCCGAAAUUCCAGUUGCUUGCUGCUGCUGUCCCUGAUUAUGCCAGGCCACUUGCUGACAGCAUGUACCGUGCGAUCGAUAUAUAUUUGAAGGCACAUCCUUGGCUCACAGAUUCCGAGCGGGAGCAAAUUUGCAGACUCAUGAACUGCCAAAAGCUCUCGAUAGAGGCUAGCACCCAUGCAGCCCAGAAUGAGAGGCUACCUCUCCGAGUGAUUGUCCAAGUCCUGUUCUUUGAACAGCUUCGCCUACGCACAUCAAUUUCUGGUUGGUUCUUUGUCUCUGACAAUCUGGAGAGCUCACAAAAUCCCAAUGGAAACCUUGCACUCUCUUCACAAGACAGGGCUGUGGGUAUUGAUGACAUAAGGGAACGCCUUUCUGAUCUGGAAAAAGAGUGUCAGAUGAUGAGAAGGGAGAUUCAGAAGUUGGUGAAGACAAAGAGAAGCUGGAAUAUUUUUUGCAGGCGAAAAUCACCGCAUAGCAAUACUACACUACCAAUUCCCUCCAGUUUAAAACCACCAGCAAAGUAGUUCUGAAAGUUUGAGUUUCACGAAUUAACCUUUGAAAGGUCAAGUAACACAUCAUCCCAGUAUAUUUAUAGGUAUUUGUCCGAAUAAUGGAUGAUUCUUGGUUCUGUUUGAUUCCAAUUUUUCCAUAUCUUGUUUUCUUACUGAUUAGGUAAUGGCCAUCUUUAUUUUCUCAUAUAA